AUGUUUCACAACAAGCUUCCGAUUCAGGCUCUCGAACAAGAUCCAGCAUCGAACUGUGGCGUCGGCUCAGAAUUAAAUUUCGAAGGUAACGUCGAAUGUGAGGCAUCAUACAUGUGCUCAAAUAAUAUGCGAUUUGGAGCUGUUGGUUGUGUCACGAAUAUGAAGAAUCCCUCAGAACUGGCUAAGACGCUUGCUUAUGAUACAUAUUGGGAAAACCUCAAUAUAAUUCAUCCCAUGAUUUUGGUUGGUGAAGGCGCAGAAAAAUACGCAAAAUCAAAAGGAUUUCAAGCUUGUUCCAACGAUGAUUUGAAGACAGAAAAAUCUAUAAAAACAUUCAAAAAGUAUAAAUUGUUAGUGGAAGAUUCACAUGACACUGUUGGAGCAGUAUCGAUAAAUUCGUUAACAUCCGAAGCAGAAGCUUGUACGUCAAGUGGUGGAAUUGCACUGAAAUCUCCGGGUCGGUUAGGUCAAAGUUGCCAUUACGGCAGCGGAAUGGUUAGGAAUUAUAAAGUAGUUUCUGGGAGUGUCGAUGGCGAAUUAUUCGACGAGGAACUUCUUACAGAUGAGGAUUCUGUAAUGAUUUCGCAAAUGCUUGCCGAAAUCAACAACGAUUUGGAUCCGCUAAAAAUUGAAUCAGACAUUAGGGAUUUCUCGUUGUAUGCAGAUGUCUCAGACUGGAAAGGAAUUCCUAAAUAUUUCGAUACUCUCGCUUCCGUUACCAGUUUGAUUUCAACAUACGACAACUGGAAAAUUCGAUUUCAAAUCGUUGAUUAUCUCGUCUCAUGCUCUGGUCCCUUAAAAGAUGCUGUCGUCGAUCAUGCUACAGAAGUUUUCGAGGCUAUUAAAAAUGAGACCGAGACGCCUAAAAAUCCGUUACUGCUGAAAACGCUUUCAAUGUUUGUUGUUCUUGUGCAAAGAAUCACAGUGCAAUUGCAACUUUAUGUGUCAAAACGACAACGCGAAGCGACUAACAAUGCAGUUGGUCGAAAAGGAAAACGUGCUGCUGUUAAUGACAUGGACGAGGAUACCCACAAUUGGCUAAAUGUGCAGAGAAUUCGGAUGAUCAACUGUCUUUGCGAUAUUUUGACGCUCAAAAUUAACGAUCGAUACAAGUGUAUCGAAUACAUUUGGAAACCAGAUGUAAUGGAUCCUGAUUUCCUCAAAACGUUUUUGGAUACAGUUUUUAGUUUGAUGGAUGAUCCGGAUUGUGCUCGUAAUAGUUCUCACAAAUGGCUCGUUAAAGUUUUCAGAAUCAUCAAAAUUCUUGCCAUCGAUUAUAAAAAACAAGAUGAUAUGGCGAAGAAGAUAAUUGAGAAAACCAUGAGUCUUGAAUAUCUGCGAGAAGGCUGUAACACGUAUCCGUUUUAUGAGCCGCUUGUUGUAGUUGGUGCAGAAAACGAGCCUUUAAAAAAUGCUCUUCGUCCACUUCUCGAGAAAAUCGCCAAACUUGCUUGUGCAAUAACAUCCGUCCCAUUCUCAAAUGUCAAGCCUCUUUCCCUAUUAAUACAGGCGAUCGGCGAGCAUACUCCCGAUAUAAUUCUUUUAAGUUUGUCGUCAGUUUUCUGCCUACUCCAAGGCGAAAAUUCGCUGCUUCGAUCGGCUGGUUUAACGGUUCUCUAUGAUGUGUUGAAAUCGAAUUUCCUCAACAAUGAUACGUGCUCGAGAUACGAGAAUCGGCGACGACAACGCCUUCUAAUUUAUAAUCGAUUCUUUUCGCAUAUAACGGAUACCCACGGUCAAAUUCGAGCAAAAGCAAUCGGCUUGCUAACGAAAUUAAUGGAAGACGAGAAAAUCCCGCCCUCUCUUCAAAGUGGAGGAAUGAUAGCCAUUGUCGGUGGUCGAAUGAACGAUAAACUUGUAUUGGUUCGUAAAAGCGCCGUGCAAUUUUUGUCGGCAUUUUUAACCUACAACGCCUACGGGCACGACAAUAAGCUAUUAGUCGAAUACGAUCUUCGUGAUUGCGUUCAAAGUUCGUUACGAAGUGUUCUGAUGGGCGAUUUGGGAGAAGUGCGCGAAAACAUCAAGUUUUUAGCUCAGUGCAAAAAUUUUAAUGUCACGGGAGCGGAAAGUGCAACACGAGCAAUGUGCUCUUUGGUAUGGAGGAAUUCACCAGAAAUGCGAAAAGAAUUAUUUGAAAGCUCACACGAAAUGUUCAUUAGCAAGCAUAAAGGUGGAAAUGAAAAAGAAACAGUUCGCGAAGAUUCAACAGUUGCGAAUGUUAUGAAUUCGAUGAAAGGCAUUUCGGAGUCUGAAAGAACAUCGGUCGAAGAAGUUAUUUAUCUACUCGCAGAAUCGGAUGCGUUUUCGAAGAAUGUGAUUAAUAAGAUCUGGGGGAUCGCGUCUGGAAUUAAUAGAGAUAUCAAUGUCCGAAUCGAUGCGCUUCGUGUUCUUUAUGCUAUUACUCGGUCGCGUAAUGGUGUCAUCGAAUCUCGUCAUCGUCUUCGAACUCUUCAGAAGAUGCUCACAUUGGACACUCCCCUUGCACUUGAAGCACUUCGCGUAAUUAGCGCUUUGAAUUUUCCAAAGGUUUUACCCGAAGAUUAUGAUGCUCCAACAUUCCGCGUCGACAAUGACGAUUCUUUAUUCAAAUCGAUUGAACAACUUUUCUUCCAUGAAGUAUUGCGUGACACAGAAGAGAAGGAUUGGUUCGGAGUCGUACAGACAUCAAUCGAUGUUAUGAUGCGGGUUGCCCGAAACAUCAAUGAAAUUAUUCCGGAAUUCGUCAGCAAAUUUAUGUAUCGUACAAAACGAAUCGCUGAAUUCUAUAUAAUGUUUAAAAAAGAAGCGGAAAGGGACGGUGCAGCAAAUCGCGCGACGAUUUUGCAAAGAAGAAAUUACUGGCGAAGGCUCUGGAUUUUAGUUACUGAGAGGUAUAUGGCAUUUUGCGGAGAGAUCGCUGUUCGCCUUCAUGCUUAUAUUCAGCUUUCGAUUCCGAAAAUUCAUGCUGUUUAUCAAGCUAGAAAAGGAGUCGUUAUUCCCGAGGAACCAGCUCGUUUUCUUACUGAGCUCGAGUAUUAUUCAGGAAAACACACUGCUGUUUUCGGUUAUAUGCCUGAUUCGAAUCAAGGAGCGUCUGAUAGCUUCCUGCAUACGCUGACGAACAAAAUCUGCAAUGAAAGAAUAAUGGUGGCGAAAAGACUUCUUUCUCGAAUCUUUCCGUCCAUUGUUUAUUUAUUACGAGCAGAAAGCACACCGGAGCGUAUACGAGAAGCUGCAAUCUUCGCAUAUGGAAAAUUCAUGACCCUAAAUAAAUCUAUUGCUGAAUUUGGAGCCCCAGUGUUCUUCUCGUUGAUCGCACGCAGUCCGAAUCCAUUGACUAGGUCCAAUAUGCUGGCAGCUUGCUCGGAUUUCGCAUUCGCGCAACCAAACUUGUUCGAAUUAUAUGCACCGAAUUUGUAUAAAAUGACUCGCGAUGCCGACGCGGCAACUCGAGAAAGCGCUAUUUUGGUCCUGUCGCAUCUGAUGUCGAAUGACAUGAUCCAAACGCGUGGCGCACUCUCAGAGCCUGCUCGCUGUCUGUGUGACGAUGUGACUGCUGUGCAGUCGAUUGCGGCGAGCUUCUUCACAGAUUUGAAUCGACGCGGUGAUGUGCUUAUCAAUCUGAUUCCGGAGUUUGCACUUCGACUUGCGUGCACAGGGGAACGUCUUCCUUUUCCGCAAUAUAAAACAAUUUUCUCGCUUCUUACGUCUAUGGUUCGCGAUAAAUCUCGUUCAUGCAUGGAUAGUUUGACUGAACGCAUUUGCAGUAAAUUCGCUGCGCUGGACGCAACUCUCGGCGGAUAUCCAGAUUCGCCAAUGUACUUAUCGCAUGCGCUAUCACUGUUCACAUUAUCUGAUUCCGGAUUCUAUAAACUUCGUGACAAUAUGAGACAUUGGAGCAAAUUCUUAAAUCAUUCCUUAGUUGCUAAAGAUAUACAGGGAAUGAUCACCAAUUUGGCGAAGACUACAAAAAGCGAAGAAAUUCGACAUGAAGCAGAGCAACUAUUGACUCGCAUUUCGCGAAUUAUUAAAGAAGGAUUCACAAAUGAGGAUUUUGCACCGGUGGCUUAUACUCCAAAGAAAACACGCGGAAAAAAGGCUGUGGGGACAGCAAAAAGCUCAGCUCGCAAACGACCACAGCCAACAUUUUCAGACAACGACGACGAUGAUGAUUAA